UGGUCUGAUACUCUGAUGUGCUGAAGACUGCAAUUAUGACCCUGUGUUGGGGGGGGGAGCUGUAUUUGGUUGCCAUGUAUUUGAGGAAUAAUCACAAACAGCAUCCACGUUUUUGGGGAUUCAAUGUAUCAUCUGGACUAUACAGUUCUUGCCUUUGCAUGGUGAACCUAGCAUGGUCUUGGCAUUGUACUUGAUGUGAUGAAACGCUUAUUGUUGCAAAUACAAUGCGUUCAUGAUCGAAUUGAGGGCCUACAGAGGAAAAUACAAUGCGAGGUGGACCCUCAAAGAAUCUGUGGUAUGCAGGCAAAGAUCAAGCGGUAUCAAGAUGACAAGUUUAUAAUGAAGCAGUAUGCUGAAAAUGAUCGAGUUGUUGAAAAUGGGAGGGUGAUCAAAACUCAGUCUGAGGUUGUUCCAGCCUUGUCUCACAACCAUCAACCUAUCAUCUGGCCACUUAUACGGUUACAGGAGAAGAAUAUUAUCUCAACUCACAUUAAUCCGCAGUGUUCUCGUGAGGUGGAGACCUGCAUGGGAGUAUCUUAGAAGCUACUUGACUGCAAGAGGCUCAAAAGUUUUUGAAGUUUAUGUUUGCACAAUGGCU